AUGGAUUCCUGCUCGUGUUGUCCUCCGCGGCGCCUAACGGUCUGGGUAGUCACGAUCACCGCUCGUGGGACCGACUGCUACCACCAGGCCCGACGGACGCUGACCUCGAGGCCGGCCUCGCACGCCAGGUGCUCCUACUCGCGGGACCUGAGCCGCUUGGCCCGCUGGAUGGAGCUCCACCGGGGCUCCCUCCCCGGGCACGUCCUGUGGCUCGACUCCACCCCGCAGCACGGGGACGAGUACGCGGCGAGGAACGGCAACGGCACUUGGCGGAACACGCUGGCCCACCAGGUGCUGUCGGCCUUCGCGCCCUCCGUCGGCCUCGUGCGCCUGCAGCCCGUGCUGGACGACCGCUGGGACAGCCACUGCUCCACCGCGACCGCCAAGGACGGCCUCCACUGGUGCUACGAGUCCGACGCCUUCGAGGAGUACCUCUCCACCGUGCUCACCGCGGCCGCGGCCUCG